AUGAAUGCGGGAGGUUCAGAUGACAGCUUCGAGGAGCUGCACUUCGACAAGCGCGCCGCGGCCAACAAUAUCGCGGCCCUCGCAGAUGAGGCCCGGUUCCACUUCGCCCGGCUCGCCGACCGCCGCUUUGAAUUCGAGAGCAUUCCGGGGUAUGGCGCUUUCAGCGUCGCGUUUCGUAUCAUCCAUCGGCCUGCGGUCGGGCCUGCGAUAAGGCUGGCUGUCAAGCGCGCGCAGGGCGAGGAUACUCAGGGGCGCCCUCCAUAUCGCCGGGUACGUCGCAUCCAGCGGCGCCGGGCCGCUUGGCCUCCAACCUACGGCCGCGUCACGUCGUGGGGAACGCAGGAGCAGGAGAGGACGCCGGCAUAUCUGGAAGGCCUUGACGGGCCCGUUCUGGUGAUGGAGUACCUGGAAAAUCACGACCUGCAGAGGCUGUUCACUAGAGCAGUCAAGCUGGACGAGGAUGGUGUUGAUAACACGGCUUCACGGUAUGUAGUGGUACGAGCUUCCGUCGCGCUGGCGUAUCCGCCGAACGCGCCGAGCGGUGCACCUAAACAGCUGGAGACGAUAGAAAGGGGCAGGGAGCAGGAGCUAUGGAAUCAUGGCGACCUGCACAUGGGAAACGUUCUGGUCGGCGACACCGGCGACGGCUUCGGCGAGCAUGAUCUGAUACCACCCCUGAAGUUUAUCGACUUCGGCAACAUUCACGAGGUGCCUGUCGAGUACGGGAACUACAACCUCCGCGAUAGCGCAAAGGUUAUCUACACACUGAUAAAAGGCAAGAAAGGCACAGGCGACAAAGAACUAGACGACGAAGUCACCCACCAGGGAUUCAAGACCCGCGCCUCCAAAAUCGUGCCCGCGCCCGACGGCAGCAACACCAACAUCAACUACCCCACGCUGGACCCAGAGCUGCGCGACCUCGUCGCGCGCUGCUUCGUCAAAGAUCCCGUGGAGAUGCCCUCCCUGGAGGAGGUGCUGACAGCAGCCGAGCGGGGCGCCCAAAAGCCGGCAGCGUCGUAUAGGUACCUGGGCAACGAGGCGGCGGAGGGCGACGAGGCCAUCGGGAUGCUCAACAACAGCAAUGGCCCGGGCAUGCUGACGGCGGAGAACUUGGCGUCGCUGCCCUCGCCCGUGGAGGUCGUGAGCUCGUGGCAGGCGCAGGCGGGCUCGGGGGUGGGGAGCCCGCCGAGUGCGCAGAGUGGUGUGCAGAGUGGUGUGACGAGCGACGCAGUUCUGCCGUCGCCGGUUAGUCAGGGGACGCCGAGGUAUCCGAACACGGUCGCGGGGGAUAUAGCUCAGGCUAUAGCUACAGCCAUGCCCACGCCUCCGGCUACUGGUGUCAAGACAGGCACUAAGCGCCCCGAGAAGCGAAGCUGGAAAUUCUUCGGAGACGCGGAGGCGGAGGACUAA